UUUAUUUCAUUCUAUAUGAUAAACGAGGGCGGAAAACAGAAAUGAUACCUGGUUGCUUCUUUGCUUUUUUUCCAAUGGAGUAAAUGGACGAAUGGACGCCCUUUUCGGCUCCCGCCCCCCUAUUCCAUUCACGGGAGUGGUUGCCUCAAAUGAUGGGAUGAGACGUGUGUUUCUUUUUUUCUGAACCAAGCAUACCUACAGAUUAUGUCUUUCAGCCAUUAUGUAGUACUAGCAGUACGGCCUUCUUUUUUUUUCCUUUUUUACAUUUUGCUUAUUAGAAUGCAGUCUUGUAAUACUAGUAGAUCAGCCAAAGACGGGGCAAACUGGCAUUCCCGCGUUUACGGCUCAUCUUUUUUUACUUCGCCUAAUCGUAUCUUUCCUUUUUACACCCCCUUGUUCGAAAGAAAAAGAAAAAGUAAGAGUGAGGGGGGCAACCGUCUCGUAUCACAAACCCGUGAUACUUUGUGCAGAGUUUUCCUUUUUUUUCCCUUUCCUGUCCCGGAAACUCCCACAGAGUGAGGUAGCAUUAAGCCGCCGUCGAGUCUCGGAAUUUAACUCGAGGCAUCCGCGCGAAUGGGGAAACCGGAUAUUGACAUGCCAAUGGUCGGGUCGUUCAGGU